CCGGGGGAGGGCGCCCGGGCUGUGCUUCGCCUUAUAUAGAGCGACUGGGGGCGCACGGUAGCUCUCUUGAGUCACCCCGCGCAGCCUAGGUGUGGCGAGCGAGUGGCGCACUGUUCGGGCCCACUCUAUUCUAAUACUCGCAGCGCCUUCUCGUCAAGAUGCCUGAGGAAGUGCACCAUGGAGAGGAGGAGGUGGAGACCUUUGCCUUUCAGGCAGAAAUUGCCCAACUCAUGUCUCUCAUCAUCAAUACGUUCUAUUCCAACAAGGAAAUCUUCCUUCGGGAAUUGAUCUCUAAUGCUUCUGAUGCCUUGGAUAAGAUUCGCUAUGAGAGUCUGACAGACCCUUCCAAGUUGGACAGUGGUAAAGAGCUGAAAAUUGACAUCAUCCCCAACCCUCAGGAAAGGACCCUGACUUUGGUGGACACAGGCAUUGGCAUGACCAAGGCUGAUCUCAUAAACAACUUGGGAACCAUUGCCAAAUCUGGUACUAAAGCAUUUAUGGAGGCUCUUCAGGCUGGUGCAGACAUAUCCAUGAUUGGACAAUUUGGUGUUGGAUUUUAUUCUGCCUAUCUGGUGGCAGAGAAAGUGGUUGUGAUCACAAAGCACAAUGAUGAUGAACAGUAUGCCUGGGAGUCUUCUGCUGGGGGAUCCUUCACUGUACGGGCUGAUCAUGGUGAGCCCAUUGGCCGGGGUACUAAAGUCAUUCUCCACCUCAAAGAAGACCAGACAGAGUACUUAGAAGAGAGGCGGGUCAAAGAAGUGGUGAAGAAACACUCACAGUUCAUAGGCUAUCCAAUCACCCUUUAUUUGGAGAAGGAACGAGAGAAGGAAAUCAGUGAUGAUGAGGCAGAGGAAGAGAAAGGUGAGAAAGAGGAGGAAGAUAAGGAUGAUGAGGAGAAACCCAAGAUUGAAGAUGUGGGCUCAGAUGAAGAGGAUGAUACUGGUAAAGAUAAGAAAAAGAAAACAAAGAAGAUUAAGGAGAAAUAUAUUGAUCAUGAAGAACUGAACAAGACCAAGCCUAUUUGGACCAGAAACCCUGAUGACAUUACUCAGGAAGAAUACGGAGAAUUCUACAAGAGCCUCACCAAUGACUGGGAAGACCACCUGGCAGUCAAGCACUUCUCUGUAGAAGGUCAGUUGGAAUUCAGGGCAUUGCUAUUCAUCCCUCGGCGGGCUCCCUUUGACCUCUUUGAGAACAAGAAGAAGAAGAACAACAUCAAACUCUAUGUCCGUCGUGUGUUCAUCAUGGACAGCUGUGAUGAGCUGAUACCAGAGUAUCUCAACUUUAUUCGUGGUGUUGUUGACUCUGAGGACCUGCCCCUCAAUAUCUCCCGAGAAAUGCUUCAGCAGAGCAAAAUCUUGAAAGUCAUACGCAAAAACAUUGUGAAGAAGUGCCUUGAGCUCUUCUCUGAGUUGGCAGAAGACAAGGAGAACUACAAAAAAUUCUAUGAGGCAUUUUCUAAAAAUCUUAAGCUUGGAAUCCAUGAAGAUUCUACUAAUCGGCGGCGCCUUUCUGAGCUGCUGCGUUACCACACCUCUCAGUCUGGAGAUGAGAUGACUUCUCUUUCAGAGUAUGUCUCUCGCAUGAAGGAGACACAGAAGUCCAUCUAUUACAUUACUGGUGAAAGCAAAGAGCAGGUGGCCAACUCUGCUUUUGUGGAACGCGUGCGGAAGCGGGGCUUUGAGGUGGUAUACAUGACUGAGCCUAUUGAUGAGUACUGUGUGCAGCAACUCAAGGAGUUUGAUGGGAAGAGCCUGGUCUCCGUGACCAAAGAAGGCCUGGAGCUACCGGAGGAUGAGGAGGAAAAAAAGAAAAUGGAGGAGAGCAAGGCAAAAUUUGAGAACCUUUGCAAGCUCAUGAAAGAAAUCUUGGAUAAAAAGGUUGAGAAGGUGACAAUCUCCAAUAGGCUUGUGUCUUCACCCUGCUGCAUUGUUACCAGCACCUAUGGCUGGACAGCCAACAUGGAGCGGAUCAUGAAGGCCCAGGCACUUAGAGACAACUCUACCAUGGGCUACAUGAUGGCCAAAAAGCACCUGGAGAUCAAUCCUGACCACCCCAUUGUGGAGACACUGCGGCAAAAGGCAGAGGCAGACAAAAAUGACAAGGCUGUCAAGGACCUCGUGGUGCUGCUAUUUGAAACUGCGCUGCUCUCUUCUGGCUUCUCCCUUGAGGACCCCCAGACCCACUCCAAUCGCAUCUACCGCAUGAUAAAGCUAGGCCUAGGCAUUGAUGAAGAUGAAGUGACAGCAGAGGAACCCAGCAAUGCUGUUCCUGAUGAGAUUCCCCCUCUUGAGGGUGAUGAGGAUGCAUCUCGCAUGGAAGAAGUAGAUUAGGAGUUGCCACUGAGAAUCUGCCCUCUGUAUAGUGUCCCCAUGGCUUCUACAUUAUUAGCCUUGAAUGGCCCUUUCCCACCUGGCUUCCUCUGCUGAUUGAUGUUCUAGUGGUUUUUCUCCUGUCCUUGGUGUCUUUAAGGCAGGAAACAGGGCCUUCAAGCCCCCAUCCCCUACCUAGUUUGGCAGCAGGGUUGGAUGUUGUAUUGUGUUUUUUUGUUGUUUUAUUUUGUUCCAGAAUUAAAGUAUGCAAAAUAAAGAAGAUGCAGUUUUAUACA